AUGCUCUCCAAGGAUUCCACCCCCUUGAUCCAAAUCAACGAGGCAAGGUUGGAAGUGAAGUCACUACCGAAGCCUGGAGGACCACCGCCCGGAGCAAGCAAUCCACAUGGCACUGACCCCCAAGAGUCGUUGGCAUUCUUGUCCCAAAAACCUGCGCCUCCGGACACAAAACGUGUUCCUACUCAGCCAAUACCCACCGCUUCUCUGCCUGGCAAAGAACCAUCGAAACCAAAACUGCAAGUCGGUAAGAAAUCAAAACUCAUGUUGGCAAAGUACAUCAAGAGCAUAAAAGAAGACUUCUACAAAGUCCUUGCUUGGUUGGAUGUCAAAUUUUACAAACUUAGAAUGCGAUUCCUUCGCCCUGCCACCCGGCAAGAAUUGCAAAGAUAUACCGCAGUAAGAAAUGAAAUGUCCGGCUUACUUGCACACGGACUCGUCAAGUUGAAUGAUAAAGAUGUGCUAGAUGCAAAUACCUUGGCCAAGCGGCUCGACGAAAAACUAUCCCCGCCCAUCAACUCGUACAAGCCCGCAGACGACGCACCACCUUCGAGAUCUGAGUAUGAAGACUACUUAGCCAGAUUAGGGUUACGGUAUAAAUCUGAUUCUGAUCUUGAAGAACUUCGGCGGCGAUGGUCAUCGCAACCCAUCGAAAUUUCCAAGAAGUUAACUCCCGACGAAGAGGAGACUCGGGUGCUGUUGAAGGCAGCAAUCUCAAAUUUGAAACGCUCCGAAUACCCUUCAGAGCAUGUUAAGCGUUGUAAGAAUGUUAUCGAAAGUUUCCAAACUCAGUUUGAAGUAUGGCAGAAGGAGUCGAAAGGACAUUUCCUGCCUAAGGAACCACUGGACUAUUUCCCAAGUAUCUUCGUCGAUCACAAGCUCCACUGGAACAAGAAGUUAUUUGUUCAAGCUCGAACUGCCCAGCUUCAGUUAGCGAAAGGUGCAGGAUUUCCAAUGUCUCCAGUCAAGGCGCCUUUGACGCCUUUGGGGAAGCUUUUGCGAGAAACACCUUCCAGUAUUCCACUGGAAGAAAUCUUGCACAGCUGGACGAUAGCGGAAGGAUUUGGUGUGAUGCUAGAAUAUGUAACCAAAGCAGUCAAGAAUCUUCUGGUGAAUGAACUUCAAGAGCCACUUUCUGUCGCGCUCAACAAACCAUUAGAGUUAGACUCUUCCUUAAAAACAAUCUUCGCAAGCACCAGCAAAGAAGAUGUUGCGUGGUGCGAAAAGCGCUUUCAGGAUUUCCAUGGCACGUCGGCGACUCCUUCAAUGGUGUUUGAACAGCUGAGGGGUCUCCCCGAAGAACGAAUACGCCUACGCUCUGCCUUUGAUAAUCAUUCAAAUCUCCUUGCCCCCUUGCAAGAGGAAGAGCGGCAAAGCCUUCAAAAGGCCUUAUCUGAUCCCGCAAAGUUUGCGGGGGCCCUGAGUGUAAUCGAAAGCCAUUACGAGCCAGGCAGUACAGCGUCAGAAAAAUUGAAAGAUUUCAGAAACGAGGCCAUCUAUCCCGAUGACAAUGUUGGACGCCCAUUUGUCGAAACCUUACACCAACAAGGCAUAAUUGAUGAAACGAUUUGCCGAGAACUGAAUCCACCCGGUGGACUCUCUCGUCAAAAUUUUUUGAAUGCGCUGGGGAAACAGGAAGAUUUUACAAGUCGAUUAAUGACGAAUCUGAAAAAUGAACUCUUGAAGAAGCUAGACACCUCGGAAGGCAACCCGCCACAAACUCUGGCGAGCAUCGCGGAACACCUGGCUCAGUUACACACUGAAAAGCUUCGCGAGACGGCCGAGUCCAGUUACAUCAAGGCCGGACUAUUUAAAAAUCCUCCGGAGUACAACUUUGUUGAAGCACUGAAUGUAUUCGACCCAAAAGGUGUCAGGGAGCUUGCCAAGCUUUCCGACCACAAGGAAAUGCUUGUCAAGGCCUACAUCCAGGCCAUUCUCCCGCAGAAACGCCCCACGGGCGAGUACAAAUCAGAGAUGGAUAGGUUUUUGAGUCAAAUCAAAAUCCCACAAUCCGGACACCCUCCGGGUAAGUAA